AUGGGUAUAAGUGCUAAAGAAAACAAUAACAAGACGAAUACAAUUUUCUUAGGCAUGGAACUAAAAUACAAUAGGUCAUACGUGGAAUACUUUGGUUUGGCUCCUGGGGAAUCUCAAAUGCUGAUGAUAAACGUAACAAAAGUGGUGAAAACAGCAUUCAUGGAUAAUCGCAUUGAAAACGAGGCCACUAACAGGACCGUAUUCAAUAUCAAGAACUUUGCCGUCUGCAAUUUUCUAAAUAACCGCCUGCUCCCAAAGCUUUACUCUGCGUUCUAUGAGGAACUUGUGGGUAAUUCCACUGUCUUCAAGUGUCCCAUUUCACCGGGUGUGUACUACUUAAAAAAUAAUAUCAGAGAAGUCGUUGUGCCUUUUUUUCAUCCACCUGGCAAGUUUCGUUUAAUUGUACUGUUAAAGACGGAAAUAGAAGGAUAUUCUGUUGUGGAGCUCUUCUGGCGAUAUCGUGUUAUAAGUCUAUAAAUUUGUUUUGAUAUUAAUAUUAGAGACACUAAAGUUCUGUAAUGCAGCUAU